GCUAAGAGUGAAUACAAGCUCUCGGCGGACUCCAUUGCACCGAGAAACCCAAGGAAAAAAUUCAGAACACAUUUACAGCUAAAGCCAGGAUAGACGUGUUCAGGAAGGCAGUCACUGCCAGACAAGUUAUGAGAACGAAUCUGAAAUUCUAUAGCUGACAUUUUGGACGUGGUGAUUGGGACUGGAAAAGGAUUUUCCCUCUGGAACCAGGCAUAGCAAUGGAAAUGACACAAACAAAAGCACAUCAUAAAAGGCAAGUGGUGAUCUUCAUUAUAUUGAUGCUUGGGUGGGCGGCAGGUUCGGAAUUGUUUCAGUAUUCUGUGUUGGAGGAGACAGAAAGUGGCACAUUCGUGGCCAACCUGACAAAGGACUUGGGACUCCGGAUGGGAGAGCUGGCCGCCCGGAGCGCCCGAGUUGUCUUUAAAGGGAAUCGGCAGCCUUUGCAGUUUGACUCACAGACCUAUGAUUUGCUGCUAAGUGAUAAACUGGACCGGGAGGAGUUGUGUGGUUCCACUGAGCCCUGUGUGCUACCUUUCCAAGUGUUGCUGGAAAAUCCCUUGCAGUUUUUCCAGGCUGCCUUGCUAAUUGGAGAUAUAAAUGACCACGCCCCAGAGUUCCCCGCUGGAGAAAUGCUACUAAAAAUAUCAGAAAUUACUACGCCAGGAAAGGCAUUUCCUUUGAAAAUGGCACAGGAUUUAGACGCUGGGAGCAACAGCCUUCAGAGCUACAUAAUCAGCUCCAAUCCCCACUUCCACGUUCUUACUCGCAACCGCAAGGAUGGCAGAAAAUCCCCGGAGCUGGUGCUGGACAAAGCGUUGGACCGCGAGGAGCAGCCCGAGCUCAGACUAACCCUCACAGCGCUGGAUGGAGGGUCUCCGCCCCGGUCUGGGACCGCAGAGAUUCAGAUCCUGGUCUUGGACAUCAAUGACAACGCCCCUGAGUUUGCUCAGGAGUUCUACGAGGCUCAAGUCCCUGAAAAUAGCUCCCUCGGCUCUCUGGUUAUCACUGUCUCAGCAAGAGAUUUAGACGCAGGAUCCUUUGGGGAGGUUUCUUAUGCCCUAUUUCAAGUCGAUGACGUUAACCAAUCUUUUGAAAUAAAUGCAAAUACAGGAGAAAUUCGACUGAGAAAGACUCUGGAUUUUGAGAAAUUUCAAUCAUAUCAGGUAGAUAUUGAGGCCACAGAUGGUGGGGGACUAUCAGGAAAAUGCUCUCUACUCAUCAAGGUCCUGGACGUGAAUGACAACGCUCCCGAAUUGACCAUAUCCUCACUUACCAGCCCCAUCCCUGAAAACCUGCCAGAGAUCAUAGUGGCAGUUUUCAGUGUAUCAGAUGCAGAUUCUGGACAUAACCAACAGGUUAUUGUUUCUAUAGAUGAGAGUCUUCCCUUUCUUCUAAGACCAUCCCUGGAGAAUUUCUACACCCUGGUAACAGAGAGGCCGCUGGACCGAGAGGAAAGAGCCGAGUACAACAUCACCAUCACCGUCUCCGACCUGGGGACCCCCCGGCGGCACACCCAGCACAACCUGACCGUGCGCGUGGCCGACGUCAACGACAACGCGCCCGCCUUCAGCCAGCCCGCCUACACCCUGCGCGUCCGCGAGAACAACAGCCCCGCCCUGCACAUCGGCACCGUCCGCGCCACCGACGCCGACGCGGGCGCCAACGCCCAGCUCACCUACUCGCUGCUGCCGCCCUCCGACCCGCACCUGCCCCUCGCCUCGCUCGUGGCCAUCAACCCCGACACCGGCCAGCUCUUCGCCCUGCGCGCCCUCGACUACGAGGCCCUGCGCGCCUUCGACUUCCAGGUGCGCGCCGCCGACCGCGGCGCGCCCGCGCUCAGCAGCCAGGCGCGGGUGCGCGUGCUCGUGGCCGACGCCAACGACCACGCGCCCGUCGUGCUCUACCCGCCGCAGAACGCCUCGGCGCCCUGCCCCGAGCUGCUGCCCCGGGCGGCCGAGCCGGGCUACCUGCUGGCCAAGGUGGUGGCGGUGGACGGCGACGCGGGCCAGAACGCCUGGCUGUCCUACCGCCUGCUGCAGGCCACCGAGCCCGGGCUCUUCGGCGUGGGCGCGCACAGCGGCGAGGUGCGCACGGCCCGCCCGCUGAGCGAGCGCGACGCGCCCCGGCAGCGGCUGCUGCUGCUGGUGCGGGACCACGGCGAGCCGCCGCUCUCGGCCAGCGUCGCGCUGCACGUGCUGCUGGUGGACGGCUUCUCGCAGCCCUACCUGCCGCCGCCCGAGGCCCCCGGCCGCGCGCCGGGCGCCGGCGCGGACGAGCCGCUCACCGUCUCGCUGGUGGGGGCGCUGGCGUGCGUGUCGGCGCUGCUGGUGGGGGCGCUGCUGGCCUUGGGGGCGGGGCGGCUGUGCCGGCGGGGCGGGGCGGCCUCGGCGGGGGGCGGCUCGGGGCCCGCGGAGGGCGGCGUCGCGGGCCAGCUGCUGGACGUCGGCGGCACGGGGACCCUGGCCCACGGCUACCGCUACGAGGUGUGUCUGGCGGGGGGCACUGGGACCAGCGAGUUCAAGUUUCUGAAGCCGAUCCUCCCCAGCUUUCCUUCCCAGAGCCCAGGGAGGGAAAUGGAGGAAAACCCCACCGUUCGCAAUAGUUUCCUAUUCAGUUAAGUACCACAUUAUUCUAUUACACCCUACUUAAUAAGUUUGGAAACGUCUUUUACCUUUCAACUAUAUAAUAUUAAUGCAUAUUAUUGACAGUCCAUUUCUUGAUUAUUACUGCUCCUUAGUGUGAAAAUUUAGAAAAAUCAGAUGCUGGGUAUGCACAGUAUUUUCCCUAUAUUACCUUUAGUGGUUUUUAAAUGUUACUCCUACUCAAGUAUAUUUGAAAAUCUGAAUAAGAAAAUUUUAUUUGCAUAUUUUAAAAAUUUGAAAUUUAGUCAUCUAUCCUUUUUACAAAAAAUUUAUAUUCCAGAAUCCUUAAGUAAGAUUGUAUUUCUAAGUUGUGGCGACAACUGCCAUCAAUAUUGCCAUAGAGAGAAAUAAUUAAAUGUAUUUGAUAAUUUGCCAAUAUAUGUUUCCUUUUCGGGUAACUCAACAGUGUGAAAAACACUAAAGAUGACGAAGUGCUAAAAUGGCCAUUCAUAUUUGUGUGCACUUCAGUACACCCCAACAGUGACUACAUAUUUCCUAUGAAUACUGACUUUAGGAAAGUGUCAUCACAGUGAAACACACUUUGUGAGCUUCAUGUAAGAAUAUGAUGGCUUUUAAAAAUAACAGCAAGCCAGUUAUAUAGGCUUAAUAAAUAUUUGCUACAUGUUCACAUUCCACUAGUGAAUUUUGAAACAGCUUUCAAUGAGUCAUUAAUGCUAACCUUCUCUCGCCAAUAUAGCAUCCUUGCCAAUAAGUGAAACUAUUAAAUAUCACUCCACUUUUCUUCUAAACAGAAAACAUGCAUGUUCACCCUUAACUCUGUUACAGAAUAUAAACUGCUUGAGAGUAUGUGUUUUCUCCUUGUCUUUGUCUAAUAAUUUAAAAGUUCAAAAGUAAAAUCCAAAUUAUAGUCUUCAAAUUCCUCCUCCUUCUAUACGUGUGAUACCUGCCAAGAGCUAAGUUAUUAGUAGCAGGUAUUAGGUAAUGUAAGAUUUUCCCUUCCAGUGCUGUGUGUGCACCAUUUAACUUUAUUAAUCAUUUACUGUCACAAUUUAACACACAUUUGGCUUUUUGUUGGUUAUAUUUAUAGCAUUUUAUGACAAAAAUCCCUCUUUUCAAGUUCCUAUCAAAGUCAGACAAAUACUGGAGUGAAAACUGAAAUGGAACUGGACUGAACUAAAUUAUACUUUGCUGUGUUUUUAAUCCAAAUAACUGAACUAUCAUGGUUCUUUUGGGUGACUACCAAUCAGGGCAGGGAGUGCAGGGUCCACUAACUGUUUUGCAUUCCCAGGUGUUUACCCUUUCUUCCUCCAUUCUUUUUGGGAGAACUGCUCCUUCUGCUAUUCUCAUGCCUGCCACAUAGUUUUAGUUGGUGCAGUGGAUUUUUUCAAUAAUCCCAUCUGCACAGUCCCAGAGACGGUACACUGGGAUGGGCCCUGUCAAUGCUGACAGGUCAUAACUUUUCCCUGGAAAGUAUAUAUUUGACUCCUUUGGCUUUAUUGCCUCCUUCGUUCAUGUCUGCAGAAAGACACUGCCUGAUUUCAGAGCCCACAUUGCUUUCUAAUAAAACAAAUGGCCAUUUCCUCUCAAUUUUACUGGGCUAUCCACACCAUGAAUUUAUGAAGGGAAAAAAUUCCCGACGGUUAUGUAUCCAGAGACUGAGAAUAAAUCACGUUUUCCUGGAUGUUACAGGCACUUGGCAAUUUGUUUGGGAGUAGAAACUGGAUUUAAAAAUUUAUAACUUAUAACAUGAUAGAACAAAUUGGCAUUUUUGUAAUAGAAUGUAAGCUCCCCGGAGCAAGGUUUUUUGUGUUUAAUUUAUCAUUUUACUCUGAGAAGCUAGAAAAAUUCCUGCACAGAGAAAUACUUACUAAAAUGAAUAAAUGAAUUUGUCUUGA